AUGUAAGGCUAAUAAGUCCAGUCUUCUCCCACAAAUAGAAAGGUUCUCAGGAUUCCAGGAAUUUUUAAACGUAUAUCAUCACCGCUUUUAACCGAGACUCAGGUCAAGUAACAACCUCAAUAGAUAGAUUUUGAAAGAUGGAAACUCAUGUCGCGCUACUUCCAAGUGCUGGAAUGGGGCAUUUGAUGCCAUCUCUUCGCUUCGCUGCCAUGUUAGCUUCUCAUAAUUGUAAGGUUACUAUACUCACUGCCCAGCCUACUGUCUCCGCUGCUGAAUCUAAUCAUUUGAAUAGCUUCUUUUCCGCGCAUCCACACAUUCAGCGACUUGAUUUUCAUGUCAUUCCCCUCCGCUCAUCCAAUGAUGAUCCUUUUUUCCUCCAGUUUGAAGCUAUUGUUCUUUCUGUUCAUCUUCUUCCUCCUCUUCUAACUUCUCUAUCUCCACCAGUCUCCGCUCUUUUUCUUGACACUGCUGCUGCAGCAUGUGUUGAUCAUCUUGCUGAUGAAACAUCAUUGUCUAUAUCCUAUUACAUCUUAAAUACAACUUCUGCUAGAUUUUUUUCUCUUAUUAGCCAUCUCCCCCACUUGACUCUUGAAGGAAGUUGCAAGAACUUGCAGCUUCCUAGUUUACCCUCAUUUUCAGUAUCAAAUAUUCCUCCUCCUCUGUUCAAUCCAGAGAAUCUCUUCACAACGCGAUUGAUCUCAAACCUUCGAGCUGUCUCCAAAGUUAAAGGUGUUGUUUCCAACACGUUCCACAGGUUUGAACCAGAGACGAUUGAAGCCCUCAAUAGUGGUAGGACAAUGAUCACUCUUCCACAGUUUCUGCCAAUUGGACCUUUCAAGUAUUACGAAUCCGUUUGUGAAAACACUUCUCUUCCGAAAUGGUUAGUUGAACAACCUGCAAAAUCAGUAGUUUAUGUGAGCUUUGGAAGCAGAACAGCCAUGUCAAAGGACCAAAUAAAAGAACUAGGGGAAGGGAUGUUAAAGAGCAAGCAGAGGUUCCUUUGGGUAUUAAAAUCAGUCAAAGUGGACAGAGUAGAAGAAACGGGACUAGAAGAAUUACUAGGAAGUUCACUCUUGGAGAGAAUUAAAGGGAAAACGCAUGGAAUGGUUGUUAGGGAAUGGGUGAAACAGGAAGAGAUUUUAUCACAUCCUGCCAUAGGAGGAUUCUUUAGCCACUGCGGUUGGAAUUCUGUAAUGGAAGCCGCUCAGAGAGGAGUACCCAUGCUGGCAUGGGCGCUACACGGGGACCAAAGGUUUAACGCAGAGGUGGUGGAGAAGGCAGGCUUAGGAUUGUGGCCGAAACAUUGGGGUUGGCUGGGGGAGAGAUUAGUGAAGUCGGAAGAGAUUGAGGAGAAGAUUACACAGCUCAUGGAAGAUCACAAGUUGCGGUCCAUGGCUCAGAAGGUGGGCGAAGAGGCUACAGAGGCUUGGGAAAUUGGUGGCACGUCGGAAAAGGUUCUUGGACAAAUAAUUGAAACGCUGAAGCUCAAAGUUUGAAAUGUUUUAUCUCACCUUAUAAGUUUUUCAUGUCCUUACAACAAGUAGUAAUUUACCCUAUAAUAAGAUUGGCUGCCAAGUUCAAUCAAAAUUAUUAAAUUGUUUACUUAUAUUACCAGUGUAAUACUAAGAUGAGUACACAAAUUUGAACUGGCAAUGAAGUAUCAGAAAUAAAAGAGGAUCACUAUACCGUGUCCAUUCCAA